AUGUUCCCAAAUAGUAACGGCCCAAACAAGAUGAAAGCACUUGUUGCCCCAUCGAAUUCAUCUACCACAUCCAAAACAAAUAACAACAAUUUACCCCCAAAUGGAAGAUCAAGUUUUUGGUCCAUAAAACAGUAUAGUGAAACCGGAUUACCUAUUUACAUUUAA